CUUCCGGAUGUCACUAUUCCGGACCAUGUCGAGACGCGUAAGGCCAGCGACUCCUCUAAGAAAGCCCAUCUCAGCAGCUUGUACCCCGGUUCGAAGUUUUUCGGUGGUGGUCCACGAUUCAUGACCGUAUUUCCCACUGGUGGUGUCGUUUUCGUGGAGCCUUUUCUGACGUGCUGUAAUGGCAUCGCGCUGUCUGCCUCCUACGUUGCUGACUGGUAUCUUCGUCGUCGUUGCGUCGGUCUUCGUCAGCCGUCGUAG